UCCUAUUGAGCAAAUUGCAGGACAAUGUGCCAGCUGCUAUUAUCUGGUUUCCGCUCAGUGCUCAGGAAGUGGACAAUCUCAGCAUGCCUCAUCAAUGGCAGCUCAUAACCCUCCUUCCCUCUGGUAAAUUUAUGCUUCCAGCCUGCAGAGAAAUUAUUCUUCAUGGCCCAGCCAGAUCCUUGGCACUGUUCUUGCUAAGUAGUUACAUAAUGCCUUUGUCAAAUGAAGUAAAAGACAUGUAAACAUACAGGUAAAAUAACAAUACAUAGUGACAUAUACCACAAAACUACACAAUUUAUAAAUAUUUUGUAUAAAGCUAACUGUGGCAUAUAGCUGGGCUUACCAUCACAUCUCAUAGGUUUUUGUUGUUUGGUAGGAACACAAUAGUGAAAUACUCAAUCCAGUUUUAAAUCCCUAAGAGUGAUAAUUUCAGGGCUGAUAACUCUAUCUUAAUAAAGUCUGUUAUUUAAAUGUGAGGUAUUAUGACAACAAACUCACAAAAUAUCAUGUAACUUCUAUGUGAAAAAUAGGAGGUAGAGAAUUAGCCUUUUUAGUAAAAAAGUGUGGUAUAAUAAGUCAAAUUUUUCUUUCACAAAAUCAAAAUUAAGUUUUACUGUGAUGUACACUAUCAUCUAAAACAGUAACAUAAUAGAUAACAAGUAGUAUCAGUUUUCAAGACUAACUAGCUGACUUACGGUAAGGUUAAGCUAACAAUGCUGUAAAUUAGCUUGCUGUAGCACUGACAAGCUAGCUUAAAUUCUUUGCUACUGUCAGCUAAACUUAAUUUGGCAUUAUUUUUGAUGUACUGAAUUUAAAUAUCAAUUAUGAAAAAUAAUUUAUGACCUAUAGCCCCCUAAUUGUAAAUUAAUUGCGAAAAACAGUUUAUUUAAAACUUUUAUGCAGCAGUUACAGUCAGAGCAACGUCAACAUUGGAGAAUGUAGUUGAUUUUAUGCAUGAGUAACAUGUCUGUAUUGAUCACUGUGAUUUGAGAGGUUAGAAUUCUUCCUGUUAUAGAUUUUGAAUCUUAGUCUACUGGCAGCCAUUCGUGUCUUCUUGUGACCGUUAAUGUUUUUAGGUUGCUCUUUGAAGGCAGAUUUUUUCAGAUGGAUUCUGUCUCCGGUUAACUCUGUGUAUUCGGGCUGCCCAAAGCUAAAAAACACGCGCGUCUAUUUCCAAUCACGUUAAUUAGACGUGUACCGCGGCGGGUUGGAGUCUUCUGAAGCUAGUUGGCCCACAGCCCACUUUAGUCACAAACAGAACGGUAAAGUAACACACUCUUUUUCAUUUGUUUAGCUAAAUAUGCACUGCAUAUAGAUAAUUUAAUGUACUGAGGGUAGUUUUGUUGGCUUUUUGUGUUCAGGCGGCGGCUGUAGGGAUGAACUCCCUGACUAAGGAGCUAGCAGAUGUUUUUGCGGAGGACUCCAGAAAUGAUGUGACUUUUUACGGCUUUUCUGACGAUGAAAUCAAGAGUAAGAAUUCAAAUGUUGAAACUGAAGAUGAAACCCAGCCUGACAGUUCCCCCGGGGAGCUAAAAGCCACAUCUAAACCAUCUGCUGCCACUCAACCCUUCAGGCUGAGGGUGCUUCUUCGUUCAGCUCCCUUGACCCGGCACUCCACUGACGACGAGGAAGCCGAGGAGGACAAGAAGAGGACAAGAAACGGAGGGAUAAAGAGGCCGAGAGAGACCAGGAGGAUAAAGCAGGAGAGACACGUGAAAUUUAAGGAUGAAGAGACAGCAGUGGCUCAGCCGCCUCCGUCUCUGGAUUGUGGGUCUGAUUCAGCUGAAGAUGUGUUGGAUACUUUCCUGGCCAGGAGAGAGCAGAACAUCAAGGCCAACAAAGCAAUGCUGGCUCAGUUGAUGGCAGACCUGCAGAAAAUGCCAGGAGGCGCAGGCAUUCUUAAAAAACAAGCAGGCAAACAGAAGGCAAAAGAGAGAAGCUCCCGUCCACCGCGCUCUGGUUCAACGGAAGGGGAAUCCAGGAGGAAUCCAGAGAGGGCGACCCGCAGACAAACCCGAUCCAUGGCAGCAAGGGAGGAUCUGUCUGCUCAACAGGAGUCUGAAGGGGAGCCCAGCUUGGAGGAGGAGCUGCUGGAGGUACGCAGAGCUCCACGGCGUCGUGGCACCCCACGACCCAAUCGGAGCAAACCUCAUGUUGUUCGCCCAGUGGAAGACAUCACAGAAGAUGAACUCCAACUGGUCACAGACAAUAUGACUGACAAAACAUACAACAGUGUCACAGGCUCCACGUGUCAUCAGUGUCGUCAGAAAACUGUUGACACAAAGACGUGCUGUCGCAGCGAGGACUGUCAUGGGAUCCAGGGUCAGUUCUGUGGGCCGUGUUUGAGGAACCGAUACGGAGAGGAUGUAAGGAAAGCGCUGCUUGAUCCGGUGUGGAAGUGCCCUCCCUGUCGAGGCAUUUGCAACUGCAGCUUCUGCCGUCAGCGUGAAGGCCGCUGUCCCACUGGAAUCCUGUUCCCUCUGGCUCAGUACCAUGGAUUCUCUGACGUCCACUCAUACCUCAGCAGCCUUCGUAACAAAUUGAAGAGCGAAGAGGUCGAUGUAGAGAUGUAACGUCAGCACUAGGAGGAGUAAUUGUUCAAUCCGUUUUAUUUUCUCUGUAUUAAAGUUUUGACUCUUUGUAGUUUAUUAAAACUUACACAACCUGAGAUUUUAAACAAAUUGAAUUCUGACUGAUUUUGUGUUUAUUGUGACUUGGAUGCAGGUUCUCAAAGAAAUUAAACAGAUUAUAUUAUUUUAAUUUUAAUCCAGCUGUUGGCAUUCGCAGAAGUUGUAUACACACAAUAUAAAAUCCCUUAUUUGAAACGGGGCAAAAAAAAAAUAAAAAUAAGGGCACUUGCUGUCCAAUGAACUUAGGCUAAAGAGUUCCUAAACAUUAAACAGAUUGCAAUUUUGUUUCCCAAGAAAAGUUA